GGAGCGAUUGCGUUAUUUUAAAAACAAGGAAGUGAGUCCGGGAGUGAUAUAACUCCAAACCGGAGUUUGGGUACCUAGCCAACAAGUUAUACAAAGUAUUUAGCUAAUACAUUUUCACAGAUAUUGAAUUCGUCACCUUCUGAAAUGAACGUUGUUAGUAGCUAGCGAAACAAUCAGGUCGAGAAGGGCCAUUUGCAAAUCCUGGUUAUUUCCUUUGCUGGAAAAGGUCUUUUAUUUUAUGUCCGGCUUUUUCAGGAGCAAGCGACACAAUUCUUAAUGGGACAUGUGCCGUUUUCAAACGGAAAUAUACAAUCACUUUGUCCUCUCGUUGUUGUAAUCAUGCCUACAUCCUCGUUGUAAUUCAAAGUUCACCGUUCAGGGUUUCUCAGGAACUGGAGCUGUUUUAGGAAAGUCAAGAUGCUGAACGUCCCAUCGCAGUCCUUCCCUGCCCCCAGCUCCCAGCAGCGUGUGGCUCCGUCAGGGAGAAAUAAAGUGGGGCUGAAGCCGGGCCGCAGUCUUAUGGACUGGAUCCGCCUCACGAAGAGUGGGCGGGACCUGACCGGGCUGAGGGGCAGGCUCAUCGAGGUCACGGAGGAGGAGCUUAGGAAGCACAACACGCGAGAUGACUGCUGGACCUGCAUACGAGGCAUGGUGUACAACGUGAGCCCCUACAUGGAGUUCCACCCGGGUGGUGAGGACGAGCUGAUGAGGGCAGCGGGGGUGGAUGGCACUGACCUGUUUGACCAGGUCCACCGCUGGGUUAAUUAUGAGUCCAUGCUCAAAGAGUGUCUAGUUGGAAGAAUGGCAGUCAAGACCAGCACUGUUACCCAAGCUCAGCUAAAUACAGAGAAGAAAAUCAGUCCUGUGAACGGUUUGCCCGCCACUCUCCCCGCCCUGGUCUUAGAGACUCCCUCAGCCCCACCCAAGGCUCCGCCCCCGCCCAAAGACCAUCGUCCCAGAUUCGACUGGUUCCAGACUGAGUCAACAGUCAGUGUAGUGGUGUACACCAAAAGGAGGAUCCCCAACUCAGGCUGUGCAGUCAUUGACCUGCAGGACGGCGCUCUGCGGAUGGAAGUUCUCCUGGGAAAGCUUUCCUACCUGCUCCACCUCCGUUUGUCUCAUGAAGUGGAAGAACGUAUCUCAAUCCAGACAGUGAGCACGGUGGGCACGGUACAGGUGAGCCUGAGGAAAGCCGCCAAAGUCCACUGGACCCAGCUGGGAGAGUCCCUGGAUUCCCAUGAUUCCUUUCUGCGGAGGAAAGAUCGGGCGGUCUACUUCAGGGAGUGCGCGAUGGUGUCCAAGACAGACGUCACACACGACACCAGGGUGUUUCGUUUCCGACUGCCGCGGGGAUCUCACAUGGAGGUUCCAGUGGGAAAACACGUCUACCUCAAAGCCCUGAUCCAAGGUAGUGAGGUGGUGAAGCCCUACACCCCGGUGGACAGUACACUGAUGCCAGACUCCCAGGACCCCACAGACAGCGGCCAUACUGACAUCUUCCUCAUGAUAAAGGUCUACCCGAACGGAGUGUUCACCCCUCACCUCGAUGCCCUGAACAUUGGCGAUUCCCUGUCAGUCAGCAGUCCAGAGGGUCCCUUCAGUCUCCGCCUCGUGCGGGAGGUCACCCACCUGUACCUGCUGGCCGCUGGCACCGGCUUCACCCCCAUGGCCAGACUGAUCCGAUUGGCCCUGCUGAACCUGGACUCCCUUAGAAAAGUCAAGCUGAUGUUCUUCAACCGAAGAGAGAGGGACAUCCUGUGGCAGUCUGAACUGGAUGCACUCGCCCUGCGAGAGGACAGGUUUGAGGUUGAGUACGUCCUUUCUGUGCCGUCGGACGGGUGGACGGGCAGGCGGGGCCGGAUAGAGGCGGCCAUGCUGGCGGACUUCCUGAGCAGUCCAGAGGAAUCCAAGCGCCUGGUGUGCGUGUGCGGGCCGACGCCCUUCACGGAACACGCACAGGGACUCGUGAGAGAGUUUGGCUACAGUGACGAGGAGAUACACGCUUUCCAAGGAUAGGCGAUAACCUCGACCACACCACAGAAACCUCACACAGCCUGUAUCCAGAGAGCCUGUGUGUGUGUGCGUGCGCGUGCACAUGU